AUGGGAUGCUGCAGCUCCUCCAACACCGCGGUCCGACCGUUGAGACCGGAAGAGAAAGGAGACGAGGAUGAAGCAGGAAGUAAAGUGGAUGUUCGAGGAGACUCGGCCGUGUCAAAGGGCACCACAGACAGCGGCGUGGUGAUGGACAACAGAGACAUCCCUGUGCUGCCUGGAGCGGUGCCCACAAAACUCCCUCCUCUAACAUCUGAGUGUGUGAGAGAAAGCGAUGCGGACAGAAUUACACAAGAUGGAAUGCUACAGCAGGCGAGCACACUGCAGGAGCGACCAAGGUCCAGUGAGAUCCUGGAGGAGCUGCUGAACCAAGGCAUCAUACCAGUGGGACAAACCAGAGAGAGGAGCAGCAUGGCUGGAGAGGCCGAUGGCAUCAUGCUGGAUGACAGGGAGGUGGUCAGGCGAAAGCCGCCCGCCAGACUGGAGUCCCUGACGGUCAAGAAGGUGCAAAGUGUCCCCAGCGUAGAAGACAUUGAGGAGAAGAUACGACUUGCUGAGGAGAGACCCAAGUUCAGGGAAGAUGAGCUCAAGAUGCAUUUGAGGAUCAAGUCGGCCCAUGUUUGGGGCCCCGCUCCCACCUCCAACACCGAGGAGGACCAGGACACAGGCGUCACUCCUGUGGAGCCGCUACAGUUACCUCCCACCCCCAACCCCCUCGAUCCACAGCCCCAUAGCCAGAUAACACGCGAGGAGGCCGAGGACGGAGAGUGGGGGAGAGAGGCUGUCAGAGACGGCAGAGAGGGAAUGGGUAAAACAGACAAGAGAAAAGGGAGGAGAGCGAAGGGAGGAGAAAGUGCAGAGAGGGGUAGUGAGGACGGUGACGGGAAAGGUGAGGAGACCCAGGUGGAGGAGCUCAAGGAAGAUAAUCUCCUCACAGCCUCUGAGGAGCUGGAGAGCGAUUCUAGCUUUCAACAUGCAGAGGACAAAGAGGAAAUGUUUUAAUUCAUUACAAAAAUGAGCCAUGAAUCAGCACUAAGAGAGAUAAAAGAGAGAGGAGAGGGAGCCAAUAAUGAUUCCUUUUGCACAGACGAAAGGUUGAAACUUAUCAAAAGAAAGAUGUAUACAGUAUAUCGUAUUCGAAGAAAUGAACUUGAAUUAAGAUGUGAUUGGCCCCAUGGAUGAAACUAGACUAACGUGGAUGUGAAUUGUUUGUGUUUUCAUGAAAAAGCACAACCUCUACUGCAGGGAAGUGCAAUGUAGCUCAGAAAUAACCACAAAGGAAUAUGAGGGUUUUCUUUCCAAAGUGAUAUAAUUUACCUCAGGGAAGGCUUUAAUAAAUAUGAAAAAAGACUUCUUGCCAACGUACAAAAUAAAUGAGAUUUUAGUUUUACAUUUAAUUGUAAAAUGUGAUACCGUUGACUCUCUUUUUGCAUGUGAAGGUUGUACCUGUUCUGUUGGACAUAAGAUGGCGCUGUUUCAGUGGGUUAGAGUUGUAUCACAGCUCCCUGUAGUCAUGCACCUCAUCUACAAAAUGAAUUAUCAGUC